CCCGAUCUGCACACAACAGUUUGCUUCAGCAGUUAUUUCUACCUCAUUUAUUUUUCCCCACUGCCACCAAGAUGCCUCUGGAGUUUGAGCUGUGUCCCGGGCGGCCGAUCGGAGGGAACCAUCCGUGCUUCAUCAUAGCUGAGAUUGGACAGAACCACCAGGGAGACAUCGAGAUCGCCAAGAAGAUGAUUAAAAUGGCAAAGGACUGUGGUGCUGACUGUGCCAAAUUCCAGAAAAGUGAGCUGGAGGUGCGCUUCAACAAGCAAGCCUUGGAGCGUCCCUACACCUCCAAGAACUCGUGGGGGAAAACUUAUGGUGAGCACAAGCGCCACCUGGAGUUCAGCCAUGAGCAGUACAGGGAGCUGCAGAAAUACGCUGCAGAAGUGGGGAUCUUCUUCACUGCCUCAGGGAUGGACGAGAUGGCAGUGGAGUUUCUCCAUGAAAUCAAUGUACCUUUUUUUAAAGUGGCAUCUGCAGAUGCCAAUAACUUUCCCUACCUGGAGAAGACAGCCAAGAAAGGCCGUCCCAUGGUGAUAUCCAGUGGGAUGCAGUCCAUGGAGACAAUCCGUCAGGUGUACAAGACGGUGAAGCAGCACAAUGAAAACUUUACCAUCCUCCAGUGCACCAGCACCUACCCUCUGGACCCUGAAGCUGUCAACCUCAGAGUGAUCACGGAAUUUCAGAAGGAAUUUCCUGAUAUUCCCAUUGGAUAUUCUGGUCACGAGACUGGAAUCAGCAUCUCUGUGGCAGCGGUGGCUAUGGGAGCGAAGGUCGUUGAGCGUCACGUUACCCUCGAUAAAUCCUGGAGAGGUAGUGACCACGGGGCCUCACUGGAACCCUCUGAACUGGCUGAGCUGAUUUGCUCUAUUCGUCUGGUGGAGAGGGCAAUGGGGAGUAGCAUCAAGCAGAUGUUGCCCUGCGAGAAGGUGUGCCAUGGCAAGCUGGGAAAGUCAGUGGUGGCCAAGGUGAAAAUCUCCAAAGGAACAGUCCUGACACUGGACAUGUUGGGGGUGAAGGUGGCUGAACCCAUGGGCAUCCCAGCUGGUGACAUCUUCCAGCUGGUUGGGAAGACUGUGAACCAGAAUGUGGAGGAGGAUGACAGCGUCCUGCCAAACAUGGUGGACAACUAUGUGCAAAAAGCUGGAUUUUAAUAAAAAAAAAAACACUUAGUUUUCAGUCUUCUCGAGGGGAUCGUUUAAAUGGGGUCCAAAGUGACACAAGUGAUUUUGGGAGUGAUUUUCUUGGUGUGUGGUGGCUUUGUCAAAUUUAUUUUAAAUAAUCAGUCAUUUAAAUUACAGCUGAAGAGUGAACUGAGUUGUCUCAGUUGUCAUCUCAGGUUUUCUAAAUGAUUUUCUUCCUUUGCUCGAGGUAAAGUCUAACUGGGGUUUUGAUUUAAUUUUUUUCAAAAUGAAUCUAGAGACUUGGUCAUAUUUUUAGCUCUGUGGUUGGUACUUAAAAAAGAUUCACAAUUGGCAUGUCAUGCUUCUUAGUACUUAAGCGGAAGGCAACUGGACUUAUGUUUCUUGAAGAUGUUUCACCUUUCAUACUAAAGCUUUCUUCAGUUCUGAACAUGGCUGGAUGUGAAGCUAUAUUCAGAGUUGAAGGGAACUCCAGUUGUCUUCUGUUUAGGUACUUGGUAUUGUCAAGUCCUGGACUUUACAACAGAUUUGGUUGUCAAUUAUCCAAGUCAGAGAGGGAUAAAUCUGCUACUAUCAGCAUUUUGUCACCAUAUAAAGAUGAAAGAUGUAAACUCCCACAUGUGAUAUUGACAUAUUUGCAUCUGAGAACAGACAUGUUUUGAAAAAAUACAAAUCUCUAAUAAAAAAUGUUGGCAAUAAA